CGCCGCCCGCCGGCACUCGGGCGCCUCGGCUGCCCCCGCCUCGGAGCUGUGCCUGGGCUGGCCGGGCGGGCCCCGGGCUCUGGCAUUUUUUUACCAUCUGUGAAAACUUCCCUGUAAUUCAUUUCUCCUCACUACAGUAUUAAGAAUUAUACCAAAUUGAAAAGAUAUGAAUGAAUAUCCUAAAAAAAGAAAACGGAAGACAUUACACCCUUCUCGUUACUCAGAUUCCUCUGGAAUAAGCAGAAUUGCAGAUGGAUUCAAUGGAAUUUUUUCUGAUCAUUGUUAUAGUGUUUGUUCUAUGAGACAACCAGACUUAAAAUAUUUUGACAACAAAGAUGAUGAUUCUGAUACAGAGACAUCAAAUGACUUGCCAAAAUUUACAGAUGGAAUCAAGGCCAGAAAUAGAAAUCAGAACUACCUGGUUCCCAGUCCUGUACUUAGAAUUCUAGACCAUACUGCCUUUUCUACAGAAAAAUCUGCUGAUAUUGAAAUUUGUGAUGAAGAAUGUGACUCACCUGAGUCAGUCAACCAACAAACUCAAGAGGAGAGUCCUAUAGAAGUUCACACUGCUGAAGAUGUUCCAAUUGCUGCAGAAGUGCAUGCAAUUUCUGAAGAUUAUGAUAUAGAGACAGAAAACAAUUCCUCGGAAAGUCUCCAAGACCAAACUGAUGAGGAGCCACCAGCUAAACUUUGCAAAAUUCUUGACAAGAGCCAAGCUUUGAAUGUGACUGCCCAACAGAAGUGGCCUUUACUGAGAGCCAAUAGCAGUGGCCUCUAUAAGUGUGAACUUUGUGAGUUCAACAGCAAAUAUUUUUCUGAUUUAAAGCAGCAUAUGAUCCUGAAGCAUAAGCGUACUGAUUCAAAUGUGUGUCGAGUAUGCAAGGAAAGUUUCUCUACCAACAUGCUUUUGAUCGAACAUGCCAAACUGCAUGAAGAGGAUCCCUACAUUUGUAAAUAUUGUGAUUAUAAAACAGUGAUUUUUGAGAACCUCAGUCAGCACAUUGCAGACACCCAUUUUAGUGACCACCUCUAUUGGUGUGAGCAGUGCGAUGUACAGUUCUCCUCAAGCAGUGAACUCUACCUACAUUUCCAGGAGCACAGCUGUGAUGAACAGUACUUGUGUCAGUUUUGUGAACAUGAAACAAAUGAUCCAGAAGACUUGCAUAGCCAUGUGGUAAAUGAACAUGCAUGUAAAUUAAUUGAGUUAAGUGAUAAGUAUAACAAUGGAGAACAUGGACAGUACAGCCUCUUAAGCAAAAUUACCUUUGACAAAUGUAAAAACUUCUUUGUAUGUCAAGUAUGUGGUUUUCGGAGUAGACUUCAUACAAAUGUUAACAGGCAUGUUGCUAUUGAACAUACUAAAAUUUUUCCUCACGUUUGUGAUGACUGUGGGAAAGGCUUUUCAAGUAUGCUAGAAUAUUGCAAACAUUUAAAUUCACAUUUAUCUGAAGGGAUUUAUUUAUGUCAAUACUGUGAAUAUUCAACAGGACAAAUUGAAGAUCUUAAAAUUCAUCUAGAUUUCAAGCAUUCAGCUGACUUACCUCAUAAAUGUAGUGACUGCUUGAUGAGGUUUGGAAAUGAGAGGGAAUUAAUAAGUCAUCUUCCAGUCCAUGAGACAACUUGAUUAUUUUCUUUAACUGCCGUAAUGUUAAUGUAAAAUAAUAAAUUUGACUUUUUUGGAGAUGUGAAAAUGGAUGAUUUUAAACAUAACUUAUGAGAAUUGCUUUUAACAAGUAAGAUUUUUUUAAUUGUCCAAUUUUCUUGGCAUUGCUACAUUUUUCAGUAAAUAAUGGUAUCCUAAAUGUGGUAUUUUCAGUGCAUGGUAGUUUUAACCACUCUUGGUAUCUGUCGUCUUGUUUCUUACAUAAGCUCUGAUUUCAUGAAUUGAUGAGAAACAGAUGUACUAAAGAAACUAGACCACAGUUUUCCUUCCGUAACCAUGGGUGCUAUUAAAUUUUUUAAACUCAAAACGACCUCAGUUUUUCAGGUAUGAAGUCAUUAAAGUACUGCAUUAUCAGAACUUAAAUGCAAUGUACCGUACAAUUAAGUCCACUGAUAGUCCCAUUAAUAAGAACCCAAACCCUCCCAGAUAAUCCCCAUCAGGAAUUAUCCCCAAGACUCAGUGGACUCUUCAUCUGUGUAAUUC